AUGUCCGAAGAGCGUGAGAAGAACGUUUACUUCGCCAAGUUGGCCGAACAAGCUGAGCGUUACGAUGAGAUGGCCGAUUAUAUGAAAGUGGUCGCGGAGAGCGGUAGCGAGUUGACCGUCGAGGAGCGCAACCUGUUGUCUGUUGCCUACAAGAAUGCGGUUGGUUCUCGACGUGCUUCUUGGCGCAUCAUCUCUUCGGUUGAACAGAAAGAGUCCUCCAAAGGUAAAGACUCUAAUGCGGAGAUUGCUAAGGGCUACAGAGAGAAGGUUGAAGCCGAGCUCCAGGAGAUUUGUGAUGCCAUACUCCAGCUGCUGGACAAGUACCUUAUUCCUAGCUCACAGACUGGAGAGUCCAAGGUGUUCUAUUAUAAGAUGAAGGGUGACUACUAUCGCUACAUUGCUGAAUUCAACUCGGGCGAGGGCAAGAGCAAGGCUGCUGAGAACGCCCAUCAGGCCUAUAAGGACGCCUCCGCCACUGCCCAGUCCGACUUGUUGGUAACUCAUCCUAUCAGACUCGGCCUCGCCCUCAACUUCUCUGUUUUCUAUUAUGAGGUUUUGAAUCAGCCCGAUGAGGCCUGUAAGAUGGCGAGAACGGCAUUCGAGGACGCCAUCGCUGAGCUCUAUUGAGGAUUGACGAGCCCGGUCUUGCUUUGUUCGUGCGUGCAGUCCUGUGUACGUGCGUGCCCCGCAAUUGAUGGUGUUUUUUCCCUGAGCCAUUAUAUUAAAUGACAUUGAUACGCUCAAUCUCAGUUUCACAAC